AUGUACAACAUGUACGGACUCGACAUGUACCUGACUAAUGCAUGGUCCUUACAUGGGUGCAAUAAUAUCUCCCCUGCUAAAACUUGCCUCAUAUUUAGCAGCUGUGCGCAGUUGACAGUUAGCGACCGGCCUUUGAAUGCUGCCGACAGUAAUGGUACUGCUCUGUAUGAAUCAUGCCUGCGGGCGCUAUCGGCCAGCCAGCUUCUGGAGCACAUGUCUAGAAGUCUGUUGCGGAUCCUGCAAGCGGCCAGUGAUGCAUCUACGCGCGGUCAGCUGGCGGGGAGCCAAGCGAGCAACAUUCGGAUGGGGGUGAUGGAGACGUGCGGGUGCAUUGUGAGCGCCUUACACGGGAUUGCGGGAAAGCAAGGCCUCCUGGACCAGUGCUGGGCCGCGACGGAGGGGGAGCGGACGUUAUCAAAAACCGGUUCACAGGACAACGAGACAACCCCGACAGGCGAGGACCUUGCAGCAAGGUUGUUGUCGCUAGCGCGCGCUGUCCUCUCCGGGACAUGUCUUCAGUUCCUUUUGGGUCGAGAGGUGGUGGCGGCCAGGUUGAGGCUGACGGGAGGCGCAGGACCCCGCUUUGGUCUGCCGGACUCCAUGCUGCCAGAGCUCCUUGACCUGGUGAAUGGUCCGCACGUCGUGAAGGCCCUAAAGGACCGGCUGCUCUCCCGCAUUGGCGCGGCGGCGCUCGUGUGGCAAUUGGUCCUCCCCGCGAUGCCUCCGCAGCGGGAGGGGCAGCAGCAGCCGGCGGCGGCGGCGGCGGCUCCGAAACCGGAGACAACUCCAGUUCUCCUGUACAGCCCGGUCAACAUUUUCGACAUGGUGCUGGAGGCUCUGGCGUGUGUGGUGGACCCCUUCACGUCGGUGGAGCACCUGCCGGGGGGCAGUCAGCUCACGCUUGUGGAACCAGCCAUGCUGCUGCAAAAUAAUCAGCUUUUAGUAGAGAUUGUUCCUGAUAUAAAAGUUUUGUCACGCCUGUUGCUGACCGUGAACCACGCCGACAUCGAGUUGCCCGGUGGCGUUGGGGCAUCUCGCUGCGCGUUUAACCUCCGCUGCGCGCUCGAAGCGGGUCUUGUGCCGACAAUCGAACAGCUGUUGCGAGGCUGGGGCAGGGCCGCCGGCUCCGUCAGCAGGGGAGAGACGUCGUGCCUUUGCACAGUCAACCAUUUGCUCCGAUGGCCGUGCGUAUGGACGGCCGUGCUGACCCAUGGGUCAGUGAGGCAAGUGGCGUCGUUGAUCGUCACGCUACGCCGGCUGGGAGAAGUAUUCAAGGAGAGGGGCUUCGCGGCCAUGUCCCAAUCGCGCACUAACGAGCCUAACGAGCAUCAGGACGCUGAGGUGGUGAUCACUGCUUACAUGGCCGCGCUGCUGGAGCAACAGGCCGACGUGUUGCUGCAGCCCAGAGGCGCUGCGGAUCGAAGACUGCCGUUGAACGUGGCGCUCGAGUCCGGCGAUUUGCCCGUCGAGGCAGUCGACCGGCUGGGGGCCCGGCCGCCAGCUGGCACCAGAGAAGCCACGCAGCAACAGGCCCUUGCCAUCUUCGCCGUUUCGCAAUGGCUGCCGAACGCUGUGUGGCUGGCCCGCGUCGUUGACACUUGGUUCUCUGUGGCCAUGGGCAAGGCGGUGCUGCGCUGGGUGUUGGCGGCGGCGCUGCAGUGCCUGAUGGCGCGGAUGCGCAGCGAGGCGGAGUGGUUAGAUCGCCCGGGGCAGCAAGCGCCUUCCGCUGAAGGGGGCCAGCAAGCGCCUUCCGCUGAAGGGUGCCAGCAAGCGCCUUCCGCUGAAGGGGGGCAGCAAGCGCCUUCCGCUGAAGGGGGGCAGCAAGCGCCUUCCGCUGAAGGGGGGCAGCAAGCGCCUUCCACAGACGCAGCCGGUGGUGGUGGCGGCGAGGCGAGCCCGAACGGCAGCGGGGGGCCCUGCGGUUCCGGUGCGGUCGCUUACGCGGCAUGGGUCACCUUUUUAAUGAUUGGGGUGGACAUGCUGGCCUGGAUCAACAAGUACUUUGCUCAGCUCAAGGAGUUGGAACGGAGUGGGGAGCCUCCUCGAGGACCGAGCGAACAGGACGAGCCAAGGGACCAUGCAGCAGGGCCGGAUGUGGGGGCUGGUGGGGUUGGGGAUUGCGAGCGCUUCACCGGGCUUGAACCCAGGGUACUGUUGCCCACAGUGCUCGACAUUUUGGAGGUGCUUGUGUUGGCAGUGCCCCGCAGCGUGCGGCAGUGCGUCACCAAACCGAACAGCGACACGCGGGCGGACGCGGCUGCAGGGCCCCCAGCGGCUGCAGGGCCCCCAGCGGCUGCUGUUUCUGAACCCACCCAGCUCAGCCCAGCACCUACAGAGGCAGCUUCCCUUUCCUCGUCCUCCAGUAUCGGGCGCCCUAAGCUGGACAGGGAUAUACUGCUGGAUGACUGGCUUCGAAAGAAGUUGCAAGAUAAAGGUCGCCACAAUUUGCUGUCGGUGCUGGACGCCUGGGGGAGUGAGGACAGCCGUGGCGACAAUGGCGGUGAGGUCGGUGCAGUAGGACACGGACACGGAACCGCAGCACUGGGCUUGGUUCCCCAGGAGUUCACCCCUGAGCUGGCGGCCUUGGCGGCGGAGGUGUCGAAGAAGCACAGCAUAGCGCAUCUGCCGGACCUGCCGUCCCCCUACGCUGCGGCUGAGGUGGUGGAGAGUGAGGGCAUCAAGCUGUGCGCCAACCCGGCUUGCAUGAACCUCGAGGAGCGCAGUGAGGCGGAGUUGUCCGGACGCAAGACGUGUCGGUUCUGCAAAUCCGCGUACUACUGCAGCAGCCAGUGCCAGCUCGAACACUGGAACAGCCAUCAUAACGUGGAGUGCCGGGGUCGCGGGCAGCGGCGAUGA